GGCCUAACAAGUGAAAUCAUUCUCAAGACAAGAUGAACGACUUCGUAUAUAAACCUUUAAUCACCGGAGACAUCAGACUCAUCAAGUUAUUGCCAGGAUCAGGAAACGACACGCUCAAGCUCUUGAUUUCUCAUCAUCCCUUUCCAGCCACGUUGAGACCGGAGUAUGAAGCGUUGUCAUAUGUUUGGGGAACCUUCGAAAAUGUUGGUAGCGUGGGAAUACGACAAGAGUCCAGGGAUGAGAGCAAGAUCGACCAUCAUCAAUCGCACGAAAUGACUGUCACACAAAACCUCGAAGUUGCUCUACGGAAUCUUCGUCUUCCAAGGGAAACACGCCAGCUAUGGGUUGACGCACUUUGCAUCAAUCAGAAAGACAAAGGCGAGAAAGGCGUCGAAGUCGCUCGAAUGGGCCUCAUAUACCGCCAUGCAAAAUCUGUGAUAAUUUGGUUAGGUCCCGAAGCGGAUGAAAGCGACCUUGCAAUUCAAAGACUGGGGUUGAUUGCGCGAGAUAUAAAGGAGCAAGAGGAUGCUCUAGACGCACCUCAGAAUCUGAGGCUCCAGUGGAGUUCUGGUCUACCUGGUCCGGACACCUACUUGAUUCAGGAGAGCGCGAAUCUGCAGCAGCAAUUGGCGGCAGAUUGGACGGCUAUAACCCGCCUUACUGAGAGGACCUGGUUCACGAGGCUAUGGGUCUAUCAAGAGACGCAUCUGGCGACCCGAGCCGAGGUUGUUGUUGGUAGUGCCCGACUCUCUUGGAAAGCCUUCUACCGCGCGAUAGCUUGGAUUCGUUCUGUUGUUGACAACCAGCCGCAGAGUAUCAUCACAAACACCUUCAAUCAUAUGGCUCUAGCGAAUUUGGUUGACACGUGGAGAAAACCGGGCAGACAUUGGUCGUUAUUGGGAAUCCUUAUGAGUACAAGGAGUCUGAAUUGUUUUGAACCGAGAGAUCGAUUUUUUGCCAUCUUGAGCUUUCUAGAUAAGUCGAGUUUGAAUCUUGAUUUGAGGCCGGACUAUUUGUCUCCAGUUGAGGAUGUGUGUCGAGCAUGGACGCUGUUGAGUAUCAGCACAGGGAAUUUAGAUAUCCUGCAACUUUGCUCUGCGGAAUCUACGGAUGCUCCUUCUUGGGUUGUCAAUCCUAUUUCUAUCAAGGGUCUGCCGGAAUUCAUGCAUGUGUAUUAUGAUGCUGCUAGCCUUUCCCGCCACGAGACAGUUCCACGAGGCGAAGACCACUGGAAAGAUACUGAAGAGACUGCAGUUCUUCACAUCCAAGGCAUCUUUAUUGGAAACAUCGCUCACGCUACAUCUCGGUGUCCUUUGAAUGCCAGCAAAGAGGCGAUACGCCUCGUCUGUUUGAGGUGGCAGGAUCAAAUGUCUGCUUGGAGGGACUCCCCCUCUGAAAUUAAGAUGGAAGACUUCGCAGUCACUCUAGUAGCCGAGCUAUUUCAUGGCAGAUCUCCACGUUGUCUUCCAGCUGGAAUGGACCCUACAGAAUUCUGUCGAAUAUCCCUCGAGAAAUUCCUAGCUAGCACGCAAAAUCUCGAUACUUUAUCCGCUGAUUACUUCAAUAAACUGAGAGCAACUAUAGAAGGACGUUCCUUCUUCAUCGACAAGAACGGUCGCAUGGGAAUAUGUCCAGCAUCGGUACUUCCCGGCGACAAGAUCGUUGUGGCGCUGGGAAAAAGCAAGCCCCUAAUCCUUCGAGAAGUGUUACCCGAAAAGCGAUACCAUCGACUGGUUGGCGGCCAGUGUUUUGUACGAGGAUAUAUGAAUGGUGAAGCACUACUGGGGCAAUUACCCAAUGGGUGGAGCUUUCAAUGGGAUGAUAAAACUGGUGUGAAAACAUACUUUCGACAAGAUUCACGUGCUCAACAGGAAGAUCCGCGACCAGGCCCGUUGCCGGAGGGUUAUGAGUUUGUGUAUAGCAGUGGAGGAAAAAUGGAUUCGUUGGAAUAUAAUGAGUAUGGGAAUAUGAAGAGGAGAUAUUUUCUGAAUCAGAAAACUUCCGAGGAGAGUGUGUUUGAUCCGAGGAUGACGGCUGAAGCAUUGAGAAGCAGGGGAACUGUAAUUGAAGACAUUUAUCUUACUUGAAUUUAACUCUCGAA